GCGGGCGUGGGCCUCGCCGCACGUGGGCACCGCCGCGCGCUCCUAUUGGCCGAUCUAUCCCCGCCUCCGCGCGUCCUCUGCUGUGAUUGGCCGGCGCUGUCGUCACGCUGAAGGCGGCCCCUGCGUUUUGAUUGGCCGCGCGGCCGUCACGUGGGCGCCGGUUUUUCGCGCCACUCGCCGUGAGGGGGAAGGCGGUGGCGGGAAAAGGGGGGAGCGGCCGUGAGGGGAAAAUCGCGAUCGUGAGGGGAAAAACCGCGACAGGGAACCGCGACAGGAGCGGCCCCGCCAUGGCCCCGCGCGACUACGACAGCGAGAAAGAGAAGGCGAAGCGCUUUUUUCAGGAGUUUUACCGGGAUGGAGCCGACGGGCGCAAGGAAUUCCCGUACCGGGAGCAGCUGACGGCGCUGGCCCGCCGGGAGCAGGUGGCCCUGUGGGUGGCCCUGGACGACGUGGCCGAGGACGAGCCCGAGCUGGCCGAGGCCGUGGUGGAGAACGUGCGGCGCUACGGCCGCGUCUUCUCGGACGCCGUGCACGAGCUGCUGCCCCACUUCGGCUCUGCUGAGGCUGCCCCCCGGGACCCCCUGGACGUUUACCUGGAGCAUCGGCUGCUGCUGGUACAGCGGGGCCGGGCCACGGGAGCCCCCCAGGACCCCCAAAACCAGUUCCCCCCGGAGCUGCUGCGGCGUUUCGAGCUGUAUUUCCGCGCCCCCUCGUGCUCCAAGGCGCUGUCCCCGCGGGAGCUGCGCGCCGCCAGCAUCGGCGCCCUGGUCACCGUGCAGGGAAUCGUCACCAGGGCCAGCGAGGUGCGGCCGCUGCUGCGCGUGGCCACCUACAGCUGCGACCAGUGCGGCGCCGAGACCUACCAGCCGGUACUGGGCCAUACUGGUUUGCCGCUGCUGCUGUGCCCGAGCCGGGAGUGCCAGACCAACCGCUCGGGGGGGCGGCUCUACCUGCAGAGCCGGGGCUCCAAAUUCACCAAAUUCCAGGAGCUGCGGAUCCAGGAGCACUCAGACCAGGUGCCCGUGGGGCACCUGCCCCGCUCGCUGUCGCUGCACCUGUGCGGGGCCAACACGCGCCAGGCCCAGCCCGGGGACCACGUCAGGGUCACGGGCACCUUCCUGCCCCUGCUGCGCCCGGGCUACCGGCAGGUGACACAGGGCUUGCUGUCAGAGACCUUCCUGGAGGGCCAUCACCUGGCCAAGGUGAACAAGAGUGAGGAGGAGGAGGGCGAGGAAGGGGAGCUGAGCCCCGAGGAGCUGCAGCAGAUCAUGGGAACAGGGGAGGAUUUCUACGGGAAGCUGGCGGCCUCCAUCGCCCCCGAGAUCUUCGGGCACGAGGACGUGAAGAAAUCGCUGCUGCUGCUGCUGGUGGGGGGCGUGGAGAGGAGCCCCCGCGGCAUGCGCAUCCGCGGGAACAUCAACAUCUGCCUGAUGGGGGACCCGGGCGUGGCCAAGUCCCAGCUGCUCACCUACAUCGACCGCCUGGCGCCGCGCAGCCAGUACACGACGGGGCGCGGCUCCUCGGCCGUGGGCGUGGGGCUGACGGCGGCCGUGCUGCGGGACCCCCAGAGCGGCGAGCUGGCGCUGGAGGGCGGCGCCCUGGUGCUGGCCGACCGCAGCGUGUGCUGCAUCGACGAGUUCGACAAGAUGGCCGACAGCGACCGCGUGGCCGUGCACGAGGCGCUGGAGCAGCAGAGCGUGGCCGUGGCCAAGGCGGGCGUGGUGGCCACGCUGAACGCGCGCUGCGCCGUGCUGGCCGCCGCCAACACCGGCCUUUCGGGCGCUUACGACCCGCGGCGCAGCCUGGAGCACAACCUGCAGCUGCCGGCGGCGCUGCUGCUGUCGCGCUUCGACCUGCUCUGGCUGCUGCAGGACCGGCCCCAGCGCGACCGCGACCUCAGGCUGGCCCAGCACAUCACGUACGUGCACCAGCACUGCCGGGAGCCGCCCAGCGCCUUCCAGCCCCUGGACAUGAAACUCAUGAGGCGGUACCUGUGCUGCUGCCGGCGCCGCGCCCCCGCCUGCCCCGAGGCCCUGGGCGAGUUCAUCACGGCCGCCUACGUGGAGCUGCGCCGCGAGAGCCUUAUCAGUGUAUCAGUUAUUUACACCUCUGCCAGGACCCUGCUGGCCAUCCUCCGGCUGGCCACAGCACUGGCGCGGCUGCGGCUGGGCGCGCUGGUGGAGAAGGACGACGUCAGCGAGGCGCUGCGGCUGCUCGAGGCCGCCCGCGACUCCCUGCGGGGAGAGCCCGAGCCCGGCCCCAGGUGCCCGCGGCCGUCGGAGGCGAUCCUGGGCGCGCUGCGGGAGCUGGCGGGGCCCGGCGGGCGCUCGCUGCCGCUGCCGCGGGCGCUGGAGGCGCUGGCGGCGCGCGGCUUCACGCCGGCGCAGGCGGCGGCGGCGCUGGCCGAGUACGAGGAGCUGAACGUGCUGCACGUCAACCCCGGCCGCACCCGCCUCACCUUCGUCUGAGCGACACAACGCAGGGAAUUCCCCGAAAACGGCGGGAAUCCCGCUGGAAACGGCAAAAAUCCCGCUGAAAACAGAAAAUUCCACCGAAAACGGCAAAAAUCCCGCUGAAAACGGCAAAAAUCCCGCUGAAAAUGGAGGAAAUUCCACCGAAAACAGAAAAUUCCACCAAAAACUGCAAAAAUCCCGCUGAAAAUGGAGGAAAUUCCACCAAAAACGGCAAAACUCCUGGGGAAGAUGGCAAAAGUCCUGCUGAAAAUGGAGGAAAUUCCACCGAAAACAGAAAAUUCCACAAAAAACGGCAAAAAUCCCGCUGAAAACAGCAAAAAUCCCGCUGAAAAUGGAGGAAAUUCCACCGAAAACAGAAAAUUCCACCAAAAACAUAAAAUUCCACCAAAAACGGCAAAAAUCCCGCUGAAAAUGGCAAAAAUCCUGCUGAAAAUGGAGGAAAUUCCACCAAAAACGGCAAAAAUCCUGGGGAAGAUGGCAAAAAUCCUGCUGAUAAUGGAGGAAAUUCCACCAUUUUUGCUGAAAAUGGCAAAAAAUCCCCGGGAAAAUGGUGAAAAUUCCACUAAAAAUGGAGAAAAUUCCACAGAAACAGCAAAAAUCCCGCUGAAAAUGGCAAAAAUCCCUGGGAAAAUGGUGAAAAUUCCACCCAGAACAGCGAAAAUUCGGCCAAAAACAGAGAAAAUUCCAUCAAAGACUGCAAAAAUCUUGGGAAAAAUGGUGAAAAUUAUGCUAAAAACAGAGAAAAUUUGGCUGAAAAUGGCAAAAAUUCCACCAAAAAUGGUGAAAAUCCCACUAAAGAUGGAAAAAAUCCCGGGGAAAAUGGUGAAAAUUCCACCCAGAACAGCGAAAAUUCGGCAAAAAUUCUGCUAAAAAUGGAGAAAAUUCCACUGAAAGCAGCGAAAAUUCCACCAAAAGCAGAGAAAAUUCCACUGAAAACUGAGAAAAUUCCGCCCAAAACGGCAAAAAUCCCGCUGAAAAUGGCAAAAAUUCUGCUAAAAAUGGCCAAAAUGCCACCAAAAACUGGGGAAAAUGGCAAAAAUUUUGCCAAAACCGGCAAAUAUUGCAGCAGGAAAGCCAAAAAAAGGGAUUUUUGGGGUUCAGGGGGCUCAGGAGAGCCCGGAGCUCCCCUGGAUCCCCUCGGGAACCCCGGAAUUCCAGGAAAAGCCCCAAAAUUCAGGGAAAAUCAGGAAAAGUCCCCAAAAAAUUCCCCAGAAAGGCCGAAAAUCGAAGCAGGGACCCCAAAAUCCCCCCGGGUUUUUAUUUUUGUGCUUUUUUUGUAGCAAUAAAUGGAUUUUUAUCAAUAAAAUAAUGUUAAAUUUUAUCAA